AAACUUUUUCCCUCUUUUUAUAAUGUAGGCCGUCUCGUUUUUUCCUCUUUAACACAAUUGAAACGUGUUGCCAACAUUCUUGCUUACCUAACUCUCCACCAUUUCUACAUUUUCUCCUCAGUUUCCCAAGAAUCUGCCCUCUUCCCUCCUAGGACUUUUUAUUCAUUAGACCAUUUCUCAACUGACAAAAAAUCUCGAAGAAAAAAAAAAUAAAAAAUCAAGAAACUAAUAAGACAACAACAGACAACAACAUUGGACACUGUCUUAUCUUUGUUAAAAAGUCUGAUGUGUCUGAAUUUGUAUGCUCACAUACAUUGUUCACCACAUUGGUAUUGGUAUACUGAACCAUGGCUUUGAAACCUGUGCCAAUUUGGACCUGUUGUACCAAUCAGCAGCAUUGUUGUGUUUAUCCUCAAUCUUGGAAAUUGGGUUUUUCACAUGAUGGGUAUAGGGGUUCUGGAUCAAGAUUCUUGAAUUUCAAGGCAAAUAAGAAAUGGGAAUGUUUGGUUUUGUUAUCUGAGACUGAGAGAGCUGUUACUCCUGUGGAAGAUGAGGAGCCAUUGGCACCACCUGAGGCUGCUUCUCCUGGUAUUGUUGAAGAGAAUCAGAUCAUCCACUCCAAAAGAUUUCACAGGGAUUUACAAUCUUUACCAAAACCCUUAUCUGCGACAGAUCUUUCUUGUGGCAAUCGUGAUGGUUCAAAGGUGCGGGUUGCUUAUCAGGGAAUUCCAGGUGCAUAUAGUGAGGCAGCCGCACUUAAAGCAUACCCGAAAUGUGAAACUGUCCCAUGUGAUCAGUUUGAGGCUGCAUUUAAGGCAGUUGAACUAUGGUUAGUAGACAGAGCUGUUCUCCCAAUCGAAAACUCAGUUGCUGGGAGCAUCCACCGUAAUUAUGAUCUACUCCUUCGGCACAGGCUGCAUAUUGUGGGAGAAGUUCAGUUGCUUGUUAACCACUGCCUUUUGGGCUUGCCAGGGAUCCGGAAAGAGGAAUUAAAGCGUGUCGUGAGCCACCCGCAGGCACUUGAACAAUGCAACAUUUUGUUAAAUAAGUUAGGCGUUACAAGGAUCAAUAGUGAUGAUACUUCCGGUGCUGCUCAGAUUGUGGCAUCUGAAGCGCUGAGAGAUACUGGAGCAGUUGCAAGUGCUCGAGCUGCAGAGAUUUAUGGGCUCAGCAUUCUUGCAGAAAGAAUUCAGGAUGAUCCAGAUAAUAUCACCAGAUUUCUGAUACUAGCAAGGGAGCCCAUAAUUCCGGGAACUGAUAGGCCAUAUAAGACUAGCAUCGUGUUCACUCUGGAAGAAGGACCUGGAGUUCUAUUCAAGGCCUUAGCAGUUUUUGCUCUGAGAGAGAUCAAUUUAACAAAGAUCGAGAGCCGACCACAAAAGCAGCGCCCUUUAAGGGUAGUAGAUGACUCCAACAAGGGAAGUGCCAAGUACUUUGACUACCUCUUUUACAUUGACUUUGAAGCAUCGAUGGCAGACCCUCGUGCUCAAUAUGCUCUUGAGCAUCUUCAGGAAUUUGCAAGAUUCAUUCGAGUUCUUGGCUGCUAUCCGAUGGACACAAAUCUAUGAUUGGUUACCGUCCAAAAGUAUGCUAUGUUGGGAGAUUCAACUUGCAAAGGAGUUGCCCAACUUGAUGUUGUUGUAUGUGUAUUAUCUUGCUGGGAACUAGCAGUCCCAUCCCAUAGUUGUGCCUGCCUUGUGCUCUCAUAUUUUUUCAUAUGCAUUUUAGAAGAUUUAUUGGUUCAGUUCACACCCACCCCCCUAUUUUUAUAGGCUAGCUGUUAGCAAAUCUCAGGAUAGCAAUGAACCAUUGCUUCACCUGUAGCUUUUGUCAAAUGGGCAAAUUAUUUAUGUACCUCAUUUAGAGCUUCCCCUUUUGCUGAGGAAAAGGAUGCACUUGCUAAUGUAUCCACAGAUGCAGGCCAGUGCCCUUGUGUUAUACAUCUUUUUAACUUCAAAUCUCUUCUUAAAAUACCCCUAUUAUGUUGCUACUAUGAUUCUAAGUAUUACAUUAAAUUGAUAUUAUUUAUUUUGGUCUUA